CUGUAUCUUGAUUGUUUUUUAAGAAAAUUACAAAAUGGCGAAAAAAGGUGGUGUUCAGCAAUUACAAACUGAAAUUAAUACAAACGAUGAAUUGGCAAAGUUUUUGGAUCGAGAUGGACUAAUCGUUCUAGAUGUAUUUACCGAAUGGUGUGGUCCGUGUUUGGCAAUGGUUGGAAGUUUGAAGAAAAUCAAACUUGAACAAGGCGGUGAUGACCUACAUUUGGCGGUGGUAAAAUGCGAUAAAAUCGAUGUAUUUGAACGUUUCCGUAAUAAAAGUGAACCAACAUGGCUCUUGGCCUCAAAAGGAAAAUUGGUGAAUUGUGCUUUUGGUGCGAAUGUUCCCCAUCUAAUUGAAUUGAUACUAAAAGAAUUGGAUACAGAGCGUCGAAUUCGGUCCGAUCCACAAAGCUCCGAUCGAAUUUACUAUGAACUCAAUGAAAUGACGCCAACUGAACGUGAACGAUACGAUGCAGCACAAAAAAUUGAAGAAGAUAAUGAGCGCAUCGAAAAAGAGUCGGCACAACGUCGACGUAUUGAUUAUAUAACAUUUGUUACCGAUUCAAUUAUGGAAAAUUCGAGUGAUAUGGGUGUAACGGUUUUAAUGCCACAUAUAAUUAGUCGUGAUUUAUUAAAGCGUCUAUCGGAUCCAGCCGACAAAUGUCAAUUAGUGGCAAAAGACAAAAAAACGGUGCAGAUCUUACGCGAACACAUCGAUACGCUGGACCUCUGUGCAACAGAUUCAAUGCCUCAGCAGCUAUUGGAUCAUAUUAUAAACCGUGAUGUGUUUGUAGUUUGUUGGAAAGUGACUGACACCAAUAUUGAUAUCGCCGAGAAAAGUGUCGAAGAUUACUUGGGUUCUUUUGCGCAUUUGGUGUGGAAUGAAGAACAGACAACGUAUGGCAAUGUUUCGAUACUUAAAGCACUUUCUGUGGUCAUUGAAACGGAAAUAAAUGACGACGAUGAUGAAAUGAACGAAGAUAACGAUGAAACGGAACAAGUAAAACCCAUUGAAGAAGUGAAAGGAACCAACAAACAAGAAACGAAUGAAGAUGAAAAAGAAGGUAAUGAUGACAAGGGUGAAAUAGAUCAAAGUGAAAGUACAACCGAUGGACAAGACCAGUCACAAACAAACAAAUCUGAAGAAAAUCACACGGAAACGGAACGAAAUACACAAAGUACACCAUCCGAAGAUACGGAUGUGUCUGGAAUGAAAUCGAAAGCAGGAAGUAGAUGCAGCGAAAGAUCUACACCAAUUUCACGUUUUGCAUCAUAUUUCAAAGCUAAACGACGUAAAGAAAUAAAAAUUCCACCAAUUUGGACACCGACCGAGAAACGCGCAAAUGCCGCCCUCAUUUAUUUAUACUUUCGUUCGAUGACAGAGUUAUAUUUACCACCAGAUCCUCCAGUUGAAAGACCCCAUUUGGCCAUAAGAAAAAGAUUAAUUAAAAAAAUUCCAUUCAGACUCUUGACAGAAGCAAAAAAAAUCUUCACGGCAACUGGAGUACCGAAACAAGUAACAACGUGUUUCAACGAUAUAACGAAACAGUUGAGGGUGGAAUACAAAAGAGGCUAUUCUGAUGAUGAACACACUUUUAUGUUGGUAUCAAUUUGCCUAAGACGAUUACAAAGUUUUGAAAUGCACUUGAAAGAAGUGUUGGCCGCUAAUGAAAAGGGUGCAAUUGCGGACACGUCCAAUCUAAUGGCACUCGCGACGCAUAUUGUGAACGUUAAACCAAUUAAUAGUGGUGAUAGCCUCGAUCAACACAAGGUAAUGGUAUUGCUGUCGGAGAUAGUCUACAGAUUGUAUGUGUAUACUCGUGUAUUGAGUGCCUCGAAAAUGAAGAUGCCACAUGACUUAACAGAGUUCUGUACAUUUUUUGAAAAGAAAUAAACGAAAUAACUGCAUUUGAUUUUUCAAUGCACAACUUCAUUCCAGAUACAAUUUAUCACGAACGUUUAUCUUAAGUGCAUUUUUAAUUAGAUAAAUGUAUGAAUUCUGUUUCUCUUUAAACUAUAAUCAUUGAAUAAAUGAAUCACUUUGUCAAAUCAAAAA